UGGACGAGCGUAACCCAAGUGCCAGUGCGUCCCGAGAUUUCGCGCCGAAAGCAGCUAUAAAAGGAACACGAUUUCUAUCAACUGCUACUCAGGCAACCUUUACUUCGAUAUCUGAAACGUUUUGCACCGUGAAGUAUCGAGUACACUUAACUUUUGAUACAAAAUCAUUCACCGAGUAUUUUUCGCGACGAUUUCCCGCGGCGACAAAUUCGCAUUUCAACAAUAUACAUACGUUACCCAUAUUAAAUUGAAUAUAUUUAUCAUGGCUGUGCUGCUGAAGGCUCUGAUCGUCUGCUCGAUGGUCUGUCUCGCGAUGGCUGCGGAGAAUCCCCAAGUUAAUCAAGAACAACAGGCUCGAUCCAGGGUUUCCGAUGAUCAACUCGAGAGCGCUUUAAGUGACAAACGUUACCUCAUGCGGCAACUGAAAUGCGCUCUUGGCGAAGCCCCCUGCGAUCCGGUGGGACGACGAUUGAAAAGUCUGGCACCGCUCGUCCUCCGAGGUGCAUGCCCGCAAUGCAGCCCCGAAGAAACUAGGCAGAUUCAAAAAGUUCUCUCACAUAUUCAAAGAAACUUCCCGAGGGAGUGGUCCAAAGUCGUCCGACAGUACGCCGGUGUUUAACCGAACGCAAUAUAAAGUUUAUCAGUAAAAAAGUAAAAAAAUUUCAUAUAUACAUAUACGAUGUACGUAUAUUUUGUACACAUUCAAGGAAUACACAUAUAGAAAACCGGUGCUAUUCUACUGGACCUGGUAUGAGAAAUACAGUCAAAAUGUCGGACAAAAGCGUACCACGAAGACUGUAUUUUUUUUUUUUUUU